AUGGCCAAGCGAGGAUUCAGGCGAGAACUAUCAGCAGACUUUUUGUACCCAUACAAACACAAGGGCUUUGUCAAAGAGCCCUGCACACUGGUUACUCUAGCAACUGAGCUCCGAGCUCAAGUCCCCACUUGGCUACUAAGUGGGGCCUCAAGCACUGUUCUGGCUCUCAGAUCAAGGUUUUUUGUGCUUUUUUGGGGACUUGGCUCCAAGCUGACCAAAAAAAGGAGAAACAACGGUCGUGCCAAAAAGGGCCGCGGCCAUGUGCAGCCAAUUCGCUGCACUAACUGCGCCUGCUGUGUGCCCAAGGACAAGGCCAUUAAGAAGUUCGUCAUUCGGAACAUCGUAGAGGCGGCUGCCGUCAAGGACAUAACCGAAGCAAGUGUCUUCGACGCCUAUGUGCUCCCCAAACUCUAUGUCAAGCUGCAUAACUGUGUGAGCUGUGCUAUUCAUAGCAAGGUAGUCAGGAAUCGAUCUCGGGAAGCUCGGAAGGACCGAACACCCCCACCCCGAUUUAGACCUGCUGGUGCCGCACCAUGA